CUGCUCACAAAACAACAGGAAAGAUAAAAGUAAUCCACAACACCAGACCACAGAAAAAAGCACGUUGGUGAAAGCCAGGAAUUUGCAAGCUCCUUCUAUCAACGUCUGAACUGGACAGGGAAAGAACUGCAGGUGCAAUUCCAUUAAUACUGGUGAGGCACUUGGACUUUUACAACAGGCCAACGGGAUCACGGUCACUUUGGACUCCAACGAGGAACAGUAUGAAGCUGCUGCUCUCUUUGGUUCUGCUGCUGCCCUUCCACACAGCUAAGACAGGUGCUGUGGAAAGUCGUGACAUCCUUCCAAAGAUUCCAGAAAGAGAAAAGCGGGAGCUCUUUGAAGAGCCUCUGAAAGUGACCACUAUUCUGCAAGAACCAUUUAUAAUGGCCAAAGCUACAGGAGGAUUUGAAGGUUUCUGCAUUGAUCUACUUAAAAUAUUCUCAGAAAGACUCAAUUUUCGUUAUGAAAUCCAAGUUGUGAAGGAUGGUCUUUAUGGGACAAAACUGGAAAAUGGGCAAUGGACUGGAAUGCUAGGGGAGCUGAAGAGAAAGGAGGCAGAUCUGGCCAUCGCUCCUCUCACCAUCACCAGGCUGCGUGAGAACGAGUUUGACUUCACCCGCCCAUUCAUGUCUGUGGGGAUCAGCAUCCUGGUCCGCAAGCACACCAAUUCCCAAAGUGCCGGCUUUUUCCAAUUCAUGAGCCCAUUCUCCCCGGAGACCUGGUUCAGCCUGCUCUUCGCUUACAUACUGACCUGCUUCUGCAUGUUCCUUGCAGCAAGACUGAGCCCCAGCGAAUGGAGUGAACCUGAGGUUGAGAGCAAUCGCUUUUCUCUACUCGACAGCUUCUGGUUUGGAAUUGGAGCUCUCACUUUACAAGGUGUAGGACCACAUCCUAGAGCCGUGUCUACACGGAUCAUCGGGACAGUCUGGUGGCUAUUUGUCAUGGUUUUCCUGGUAACUUAUGCCACAAAUUUUGGAGCUUCUUUAAACUCAGAGAACCAGAAACCAUUAAUUAAAUCCUUCAAUGACCUUGCAAAACAAAAUGAAAUUGAAUAUGGGACAGUGCGCAGCGGAUCAACGUUCCAGUUCUUCAAGCAAUCAAAAAUUCAAGACUAUCAUAAUAUCUAUACAACAAUGAACAGUAAAAUUGAUUCUGUCCUUGUGGAUACGAUGAAGGAGGGAACGGAACGUACACUCACCUCAAAUUAUGCACUAAUUGGUGAAUCAGCAACAAUAGACCUGGCUGUUGCAAAAGACUGCAACUUGAUGAGGGUCCCAGACGUUGCUGCUAUGAGAGGAUAUGGAAUAGCUGUUCGCCCUGGUGAUCCACUUAGAAACAACUUAAGUCUUGUCAUUUUGGAAUUGGAGGAGUCUGGGCAUCUGCAUCAACUGAAGGCCAAGUGGUGGAGAUCUUCCUGCAAUGAAGAAGGAUACUCAGAUCAAUGGAGUCCAGUUAAAAUAAACCAGAUUGGAGGCGCUUUACUCCUUCUAGCAACUGGAUUAUCUUUGGGCUUGGUCAUCGCUUGCAUUGAAUUGGCUAUCAAAUCAAGAAAAAAGGCUGAUCAAGAUAAAUCCUGCUGCAGUGCUUUCACUGAAGAAGUAAAUCUUCGAAUUAAAGGGAGAAAUGAGGUCAAUAAGAAGACCAAGGCCUGAAAAAGCCAUAACGGAAGACAGAGUUGAAAUUAAUCAUAUAUAAUUUUAUUCUGUUAAUUUUAACCUUAAAUUACAGCACAUAGCUGAACUCUCAACAUAAUGGGGGCAAAUUAUUUCAUGUAACAAUUCUGGCUGUCUUAUUUCAAGAAAAAUUUAAUUGUACUGCAGGGGAGAUUUACACAGAUAUUGCCAUGACUGGAAACAUGUAGCUACAAGGAAAGUUUGGAUAAUUUACAACUGCUUUCUUUGAAAAAAAAACAGGUUUUGUUUUUGAGGUUACAAUGGGCCUAGAUGUAAGUAGGAAAUAUCUAUGCUUCUUACCAGUAAGGCAAGAAAAAAAUGGGGGCACAGAUGUAAAGCAAAUGGCAGAUAUAUUAGAGUAUAAAAUGAGGCAAAGUAUUUUUAUCCAGAGAAUGUCAAAGCACUGCUUGUACCAUUAUAAAUUUUCUAUAACACAAUGCAUCACCUAGAAUACAAGAAGUUAAAUAAACCAUGAUUAAUAGGGGCAAACUUUGAACUGCAAGACCAGCAAAUUGGAGAAGAAAGGAAUUUCUGAGGGAGACGAGUUGUGCUACAGGUAUGAUUAUGUUCAGGUAGGAAAUGCUGCAAUGUGCAUCAUGAUUAACAUCAGGAAUCAAAAAAAUUAAAUUGGAUGUGACCCCAUAGUAAGUGAGAAAUCAGUUCCUUCAUAUUACUCUAAAUUCACCUGGAUAUACCUUAGUCAAAUGCCACAAACCACCGCAAUUUUCUUGGACAAUUUAUUCUGGCCCCAGGAAUGCACCACUGUACUAACAGCUAAAGAGGCAGGUCAUCUUAUGAGCCACUGCACAUAUUAUAUUUAGUUUUAGAUUUCAUUACAAUCUUCAAUACAAAGUGUGGACUGUUGUAAAGAAAAUUAAUUUUCUUGGAAGCAAACAGAUGGGUGCAUUAAGUUCUGCUGACAUGGUCUAUUAAAUCCCUGAAUAAAGCCUCCAACCUUUCAACCACAAAGUUACAUUUGAUUUACUUUGUUUUGAAGAUAAUUUCUUUAAGUGACUAAAACUUUAAUUUUAAAUAUUGGGAAAAUGUAAAUAAUAUUUGCCAUAUACAAUCACAUUAAAACACACUAUAUAAAUAACGGGGGGGGGGGGGAGAUGAAAGGUCUUUUGCUCUAAAGGAGACCAUUUAUCUGCAAGGUUUUAAAUACACUCGUUCAAAUUUUUGCAGACAAUUGGAGAAUAAAUAACUAUAAGCCCAGCACAAAUCCCCAUAAAUGUUCUGGGUGCAGGAGGACUGGUUCCACAAUGCACAAUAGGAUUGUUAAGUAAAAGCAGAAAACUUAACUACUCAGCAGCUCAAGCAGCAUCUCUGCAAAGAAGUAGUGAGUCAGGUUGAUGACAUCUCAUCAGAACAUUUGAAGUGCCAUUCACUUAGAGAAAUACAUCUGCUUGAAGCAUGUUCACAGAUACUGUUUUAUCAAUAAUGUUCCAGGUUGAAUCAAUUCUACAGAUUACAGUGCCUUACACUGGGUUUUAAGUCAGAACAUUAGUACAACAACCUAGCAAUAAUUUGAUCUAGAUAAUCAUGCUUUCCUCACCUUACUGCCAAUUUUUCAAUAUGUAAAACAAGUGGUUUCUACAUCUCUGGCACCAACUGCUUCUGUACUGCAGAACUCAAUUGCAAAUGUACCUUCAGCAGUCUAAACCUCAAGCAAUGGCAUUUACUCUGGGUCUCUCUGGCUCUUUCAGUUGAUAUUCUUAUUAAAUCCAACCCCUCUGAGCAAAUUUCACUCAUUCGACAGUAUUUUUCAUGGCUUUGUGGCAAUUUUUUUUAUUACAAAGCACUGGUGAAGCAUCCAUUACAUUAAAGACACCAGUGGGAAAAACUACUUUGGAAAAGUACUGUAGGAAGGACAACAACAGAAAUAGAUCCUGGAUGAUUUGGUCAGAAGGCAAGGGAUAGGCGUUAAGUAUUUCCAAAUCAAUUUAUAGAAUAAACUGAUGCACUGGUCCCUGGUCUUUGAUUCAGCCUGGACUGAUGGAUUAAGGGGGAGGGGGAGAAUUAACAGGAGUUUCAUCAAUCCAGUUCUUCAAACAUAUCUAAAGUAUAAGAUAGAAAAACAAAAAUAAAACAAGAGAUACAGGAAAUCUAAAAUAAAACCAGAAAAGCGUUGGAUAUAAUCAAAGCGCCAGACAACACUUGACGGUUAACAGAAUUAGGAAAUGCUUUUUUUAAAAAAGUAAGCUUCAACAAUACCUAUCUGUGUUACGUCUGAAAUCUGUUCCUUUUAAAAAUCUUCCAUACCUUUGGUGAUCACAUUAAACUUUACUUUUACAUUGCUCAUGCUAA